CGUUAGUUUUUCAACCGGAUUUAUCGCUUAUUUGUUAUAAACUCAUGUAUGCCUACUCAAUAUUUUAGAUAAGCCUUUACACAUUAUUAAACAACAUAAAUGAACACCGUGUGGAUACUACGCUUCGGUAUUUUGUUAGUAAGCUGGUUUUUAGUUGAAGGAACUAUGUCUAAACUUUAUACAAACAUGACAAACGGAUACAACAAGCUAUUGCUACCAGUUAAUGAUCAUCGAACACAGGUUAACGUCAGUAUCCAAUCAUUUCUUGUCAGCAUCAACAGUUUUGACGAAAUUAACGGCAAAUUAGCUCUUACGUGGUUGUUCACGCUCGAAUGGAUUGAAGAAAGGAUGUCAUGGAAUCCUGACGAUUUUGAUAACAUAACAUCAUUUGCGUUGUCAGCACGUGACAUUUGGCACCCACGACUGUUGUUGCAACAGUCUGCGGGUUCGAUUCAGGAGUUGGGAAGUAUUGAGAAUUCACUGCGUAUCUUUAAUAAUGGAACUGUACGAUGGGCAACAGGAAACGUGUUCGAGAUAGUUUGUAGCGUAGAUGUCACGUUCUUUCCGUUUGACAAACAAACCUGUCAUAUAAGUUUUAUUGACCCGUCGUACGGACUAAGUGAAUUAGCUAUAAGGCGACCAAAUAGCGUAUCCGAUGAUGUCGAAGUAAAGAUUCACCACACCUUACAAGACAACAACAAACCUGAGCAAAACGAUAAGAGCAACCAGUCAUAUAGUGACACGGUUAGUGAAAGUUGCGUUGCACCGUCAGAAAUAACAUGGACAGAUGUCGGUAGCCUUUUUGACGAAAUUACGGCUAAAAUAUUAAAUGCUAUAUUCUGGACAUUUUCGAUAAUAACAAUUGUUCAGCUCUACAAUAACACUUACUUUAUAGAUUUGCCAUGA